AUGAUAUGGAAUGUUCAAGGAGCGGGGAAUAAAUUAGCUGCUAUUAAGGAGCUAGUUAGGAUCAAUGACCCUACUAUGUUAGCAUUGGUAGAAACGCAUCUUAGUGGAGAGCAAGCUCAAAAGGUGUGUGAUAGAAUCGGUUUCUCGGGCCAAACGAGGGUUGAUGCGCAAGGAUUUAGUGGUGGAAUUUGGUUAUUUUGGAAGAAUGAUGAGAUAGAAGUAACGGUCUUAGAUAAUCAUUCUCGGCAUAUUACAGUGGAGAUUGCUAGAAGAGGUGAGGAACCUUGGGUUUUUUCAGCCAUAUAUGCGAAUCCGGACUUGACUUUAAGAAAAGAUUUAUGGAGAGAAAUGGAAAAUUUGAAAAAUUCAAUUAAUGGACCUUGGUUAUUAGGGGGCGAUUUUAAUGAUACUCUUCAUAUGUCCGAGAGGUCGGGUGCUGGUGGAAGUGAGAUGAUUCGGCGGUGUCAAGAAUUUAGUUCAUGGGCUGACGAUAUGCAGUUGAUUGAUUUGGCAUGCUCAGGACCAGAACAUACUUAG